UUAUAAUAUAUUUGGAGCCGAGCAAGGAUGAUAGUAUACUACUCCAUGGAAAGAACAAAAUUAAAUUUAAUAUCAAUAAUUUUUUGUUUCCUACUUUUUCUAAGCUUCAAACAACUCAUUACAAAAGCUCAAUCACCUACUUAUGUUGGAGAUGAUUGUAAUUACACAAAACCAAAACCUCUAACCAAUGCAUACCAAACAAAUCUCAACAGCAUCCUCUUAAAUCUAUCCAAUGAUGCAGCAACAAGCAAAGGCUAUAACUACACAAGCAUAGGAGACAACAACACAACCAAAGUGUACGGCCUCUAUGAUUGUCGUAGUGAUGUUGUUGGAUUCUUUUGUCAAUUUUGUGUUGCUGCUGCUACAAGAGAAGUUCUUCAGCGUUGUCCUAAUAGAGCCUCUGCUACUAUAUUUUUUACCAUUUGCAUUUUAAGGUACUCAAAUGAGAAUUUCUUUGGGAAAGUUAUUACAUACCCUGCAUGGAAUCAUUUAGGAGACAAAAAUGUCUCUAGUGUAGUAGAGAUUCAGAAAGGUGAGGAUUUCAUGAAAGGUUUAAUUAGAAAAGCAACUAAUCAGACCAACCAAUUGUUCUACAUGGAUGGUUUCAAUUUGAGUUCUACUCAGAGAAGGUAUGGUCUGGUUCAAUGCACUAGAGAUCUUACAAAUGAAGGGUGUGGACAGUGUUUAGAGACUCUGUUAUCAAAAAUUCCUAAAUGUUGUGAGCAUAAGUUGGGAUGGCAGGUUGGAUGUGUUAGCUGUUUGAUAAGGUAUGAUGAGAAUAUGUUCUAUCUCCACAAUCAAUCACCUUCACCUUCAGUACAAGCUGAUCCACAAACAGGUUGGCUGACACCUGCAUAUGAGGAAAUACUGAAUGCAGACCUGCCAACAAUUCCAUUGAUCACAAUUCAACAUUGUACUGGUAACUUUUCAGAAACAUCUAAAUUAGGGGAAGGUGGAUUUGGCUCUGUUUACAAGGGAAUUUUGCCAGAUGGAAGAGAAAUAGCAGUCAAAAGACUGUCAAGUAGUUCUGGUCAAGGAUCAGAGGAGUUCAAGAAUGAAGUAAUGUUUAUAGCUAAAUUGCAACAUCGAAACCUUGUAAGACUUUUGGCAUGCUGCUUGGAAGGAAAUGAAAAGCUACUUGUAUAUGAGUUUAUGCCCAAUGCAAGUCUAGACUUUCACCUAUUUGAUGAUGAAAAAAGAAAGAAACUUGAUUGGAAACUAAGUUUGAGCAUUAUCAAUGGAAUAGCAAAAGGUCUUCUAUACCUCCAUGAGGAUUCUCGACUAAGGGUAAUUCAUAGAGAUCUCAAAGCUAGCAAUGUUCUAUUAGAUCAUGAAAUGAAUCCCAAAAUAUCAGAUUUUGGAUUGGCAAGGGCAUUUGAUAUAGGCCAAAUCCAAGCAAAUACAAGAAGAAUAAUGGGCACUUAUGGAUACAUGGCACCAGAAUACACAAUGGAAGGAGUAUUUUCUGUAAAAUCUGAUGUAUUCAGCUUUGGAGUACUAGUUUUGGAAAUCAUUAGUGGAAAAAAGAAUAAUGGAUUCUAUCUGUCAGAAGGACAUGGUCAAAGUCUUCUUUUAUAUACAUGGAAAAAAUGGUGCGAAGGUAAUUGUUUGGAAUUGAUGGAUUCAGUACUUGAAAAAUCCUGCAUACACAAUGAAGUUGUGAGGUGCAUAAACAUUGGUCUAUUGUGUGUUCAAGAAGAUGCAGCAGAUAGACCAACCAUGUCAAAUGUUGUUGUAAUGUUGGCUAGUGACACAAUGACCCUUCCAAAACCCAAACACCCUGCAUUUUCAAUUGGAAGAAUGACCAAUGAGGAUGCAUCUACCUCAAAAAGUUUCAAGGAUCCUUCCAAUAAUGAUGUAACAAUCUCAAACAUAUUACCCCGAUAGGAUACUGGGAUAAAUAUCUAUUUUGUUUGUUGUCAUCAAACAGGAAGAUGAAAAUGACAAGAAAAUGAAGAUUCUUUGAACAUCUGAAAUUAUGCAAAAUCUUACUUAAAAACAA